CCAGCGGCGGGAGAUUAGCGAGAUGGCUGCAGCCGGACAGCUUCGUGGACCCGACGAAAUGCGAGGCCCUGUACUCUCGAGAAGGGAUGAGAUGCGGAUGGCCAGCGAUAGUAACGAUCCUGACCAGAGAUCAGUACGGAGACGUGGUGUACGUGCCAGGUCUGAAAAUCGAGGUAAACGCGGUGCCAAUAGACAAGAAAGACAUCUCGGACUCGGACCAGGGAAGAAAGAUCAGACGAGUCUCCCAGCCGGACCCGAUGACGUUCGGAGGCCAUCCCCAGCCAUCUCUGGACGUGCCCUACGAGGUCACGGUGAACAAUAAGAUGUGCUUCUACGCGAUCACCAUCAUGAAGGCCUACCAGAAUUACUCCUUCGAGGAGCUGAGGUACACCUCGCCGACCCUGAAGAGGUCCAGCAAGAGCAUGCUGGUCAGGUCCAACAGGGACGGGAGCUACAACGCCACGUGGACCCCAUCAUCCGUGGGAUGGUACUCCCUGGUCAUCACCGUGGACGGAUACGCCAUGGAAGACAGUUACACGGUGGAGGUGAAGAAACCUCACCAGGGGGUGCAGCCACCUACUCAGAGUGUCGCGAAGAAGCCUCAUCAACCUACUCGCGUUAGGAAAUUUGUCAUGAAGAACAGUGCUGGACUGAGGAUCAGGGCCCAUCCCUCCCUCCAGAGCGAACAGAUAGGGAUUGUCCCUGUGGACGAGACCAUAGUCUUCGUGGACGAGGUCCACAACGACGAUGGUGUCUGGCUUAGACUGAACUCAGAGACCAUCAAGGAAUACUGCAAUCAGGGGCAUUUAGAAGCCUGGUGCUUGCAGUAUCAUCAGCACUUCGGGAGGACUCUUCUGGUCCCGGUCGAGGAGCCCAAAUCUAUUCCGGACCACGUGAUAAAGGAGACCAUUCACAAGAAGAAGUCGGAAGUGAACGAAAACAAGAGGAAGAUGGUGACGUUCGAGAACGGGAGGAGCAUGCUGGUGGUCCAGUGUGGAGCUUCCGGGCACAACGUCAGGAGCAGACCCAGCCUGGAUGCUGCUCCGGUGGGGAUGCUGGCACUAGGGAACGUCGUCAUGGCUCAGGAACAUUUUGUGAACGCCGAGGGCACGUGGGUGCGCAUCGACGAGGAGUCCGCCAGGAGGUACUGCUUCGUGACAGACGGAGAAGCCUGGUCUCUGGCAGUCGGCAAAAAUGGGGUGGUCUACAUGAGAGCGGAAAAGGACUUCGGCAAUGACCCUGUAGAAAAGAGACCGAUGCUGCCCGACAUCCCGUACUCUCCCGGCACAAAGGGCUUCGACUUCUCCGUCACUUCCGGCGGCCAGGAAGGCUUCAACUUCGGAAGCGACAAGUGCACCCCGGAAAGGAACGACGUGUCCCCAAAGUUCACGAAGCCGCACUCGAAGGAGAGGGUGGCCAAGGAAAGGGAGCGAGAGGGUGGCGGAAAGUUCAGCGCUAUCCAGAAAUGGCUCAGAGGGGACGAUAAAGGGGAAAAGAGGAGUUCCCCAGGAAGAGACUUCUCCGAAUUCGUAGGGGUUUCCGUGAAAGAGAUAGUCAAGGCUAUCGGCGAGAGUCGGGCAAACGGGAACGGGUUCACGUCCCCUGAAAGGAGGACCUCCAGGAGUUCGUCUCCGAAAAACACCCAAGGUGGGUCUCCGAGAUUUCAGAGCCGUUCCUCUAGUCCAGUCCCCAUACCCGGUGGGCGAAGUUUGAUGGGAGAGGCAGACAGUGCCAGCAGCAGCCCUCUGCUCUGCGGCUCCCCUCGAAGUGUCGGCCUCUCUCCUUUAGUGUCCGAAGGGAUGUUGGACAGCGCGACGUCCCAGAGAAGAGGAUCCACGCAGAGCGACACGAGUGCGUUGGUCAGCAGUUUGACGAGAGACGCUUCCCAGUCCCCCAGUGGGGUCAGCUCCGCAGCAUAUACCAGAGACGUGUCCCCAAGUCCCAGCAGCUCUUCGCACACGAGGUCCGAAGGGAGCAUCUCAAGUUCCCCGGACACACCCAGGAGGGACCGCGGAGACUCGCAGGACAGUCCCAGGACGAUGUCCCAGGCGCAGACGCAGACAAGCCCCGAGAGUGCCGCAACCGCGAUGAAGGGCCACUUCAGCAUCGGGUCUUCAGGGAUGAAGGAAGAGCGCCACUCACCGAAACUGGGUCGUCGGGAUCACGGGAAGACGGUGAAGCCUCGCACGAAGCGCGCCAUGUCGCCGGCGAACGGCCAACAGACGCCGAACACCAGCAGGACCUUGAACCUGAAGAAGAACAAGGUGAAAGGAGCCAUCAGCCCAUCUGUAGCGGAAUGCCUCAGGGCGGUCUUCGCCGCCUUCCUCUGGCACGAGGGCAUCAUCCACGACGCGAUGGCCUGCGCGAGUUUCCUGAAGUUCCACCCUAACAUGCCGAAGCAAGGCGCCCUCGUGGUGACCAGGCAGUCUUCAGCUCCUCCCAGCGAUCAACGUUCUCAGGAAUUGACAAAGGAGCAAAAGGCCCGACAAAGACACUCCGUCGAGGUGACCAACGCCGGGAAUUACCUGCACAUCCAGCCGAGCACUCUGGAGACCCUGACCAGGUCGGCGGCAAACGCGAACGCGAACCGCAACCGGAAGAAGCAAGAAAGCUCCAUCAAGGAGGAGGCCCAGCCCGCUGAGAAGCUGAGCUUGCUUCCAGAGUUCCAGACGGUCGCGAUCCUUCCCCCAGCCCUGAAGAGCCUGGUGUUCCUCUGGGAAGAACUCAGCACGAGCUGCCUCCAAGCUAUCGAGCGGCAGAGCGUGCUUCCCAGCUCGAUGAUGCAGAUGCAGACGAUGAAGAUACCCCGAAGAGCGCCAACCGAGAAGGGUCAGAAGGAAGAUCGAGGUCCUGAAAGGGAAAGAAAAGGCAGUAAGAAGAAGAAAGACUGCAAGCCAGUCGCGAAGACACCAUCUGGGGAGAGCGUUAGCAGCGAACGCGAGAUCAUGUGCGACCUCUGUGGUCUCAGUUACCCAUCCCCAGUGACCUCUCACAUGAGGAUGACCCAUCCCGGCUGCGGUUGGUACGCCGGGGGUAAAGGGUACAACAAGUUCGGCAAGUUCAUAGGCGGCUGUCCCGGGAAUUGUGGAGAAGGUGGAGUAGGGAAGUCCGACUGGUACCUGAUAUGCGACACUUGCAGGGAGAAGUACCAUAAAGCUAGGAAGUACAAGCUGGGGAAGAAGUUGGUGACCGGGGUCACCCAAAGGAAGGGCGCGACCAAGGUGUCCUCGCCGGUCAGCAGUCCCAUCGGGAACGACACUCAUGUCAUCAUGAAGAAUAACGCCAUGUUCCUGCUGGACCUAGCCAGCGCUUCAGGGUUGAACAUCCCCAAGCAGCAGAGGAGGCCCUCGCAGACCCUGUCUUCCGUUGCCGAGAAUUACAGUCCCCCGGAAGCUGCUGGACCGUUUCCCCCAACCGGGCCGUUCCAGUGUCUUCAAGCCCUGGGGAUUCACAGCUCUCAGAGCCACGACGAGAGGUAUUACGAGGAGACCCUGAGGAGACACAGUACCCAGCAGAAUCUCCACGAGGGAACUGCUGGCUCCAAUGGGAGGCCCCUGUCCGAGUGCCCGAUGAGCGACAGCGAUGGAAGCAGCGGCAAAAGUCGCGGAAUGUUCCACAGAUCCGUGUCCAUGUCCACUGGAGCCCCUUGGGCGAGGAACAGCAGCGAUGGUAGGGUCGUCAUGAUGCGAAAGAGGAACAACAGCAGCAGUGACAUGAACAACGCAGAUGCAAGCUCGUCCCUGCUUUGCUACCCAUCGGCUGCUCUUCAGAAGUUGGUUCCAUCGAUAGACCAGUCCUCAAUAGUGUCUUCGUCUCAGACCGAAAACGCCAGCAAUGACAGGGUCAACCUCCUGAUCAGGCCUGUCAUGAUGUUCAUUCUUCAGCAACACAAUCUUCAGCAUCUCCAGCUGGCGAUGAAGCAGGCCCUCAGACGAGCGGCUUGCAGAGUCUACGCGAUGCAAGCCUUGAACUGGUUGCUGAGGAGUGUCACUCAGCCGAUUUGUUUGCACGAUCUGCUCUGGUGGUUCGUGGCAUCCCUGACGCCCGUGACUUCCGACGCCAUGGAAGUGGACGGUGACGACGACGGCAGAGCGGACAAGCGAGAUGAUCUGGACAUGAGCGGCGUGCGGGAGCAUCCUCUCAGCGACCUCGUGAUCGCUGGCGAAGCUGCGAAUCCUCUGCCGAUCGCGUUCCACACAUUGCUGCAAACCAUUGCUGACCUGAUGCUGCUGCCUCCACUUGGGUCGCCGUUGCAGCAGGCAGCAGUGCGUUGCUGGGGCAUCAGGUUCACCCCCGCGGAUCAUAUGUUUCUUCAUAGAAGCCACGUGUUCAGCAACAUCAGUAAGAUCCUCUCCCGGUCUGAAGAAGAGGAGGACGUGACCAUGAGCAUGCACGAGAGUCAUCAGUCGACCUAUUCCCAACAAGUGACCAGCUACGUAGAAGCCCUCAAGGACCUCACCAGCAGCGUCGACAUAAAGGCUUCCAGCAGACAAGCCAUGAUCGGCAGUCUGACCGACAACUCUACCGAGACAUUCUGGGAAUCGGGUGACGAAGACAGAAACAGAACCAAGACCAUCACCAUCAUUUGCGGUGCUCGCUCCUUCCCUCGCAUGGUCUACAUUCACAUAGACAAUUGUCGCGAUCUGACGCAUAAAGUGUCAACCGUGAUCUUUCAAUCUGGACCCAACGCGGACGAGCUGGUGAACCUGAAGACCAUUGAAAUCGAGAGUAGAUCUGCAGGGUGGUUGAGCUGUCCCAUUGCAGAUCAACGUCACGUCGUGGUGGGUCUGAAGUUAAAGGGGCCGGACAACUCGCUGCGAGUACGGCAAAUACGGGUUUUGGGCGAGAUAGAGGGGGAGUCCCUGAAAAUAGGUCGGCAGCAUAGUUCGCUCACAAUACAGCAGCGAAACUGCGAGGUGGAAACUUUAAAAGUCUUCCGGCUGAUUACGUCGCAGGUAUUCGGCAAGUUGAUUCAGUCCGACCAGUCGCAGGAGUCGGCGGAAGACAGCAACGACGACCUGGAGGACAGCAACGACCUCCGCGAGCACAUGGUCGGGAUCCUCUUCAGCAGGAGCAAAUUGACCCACCUGCAGAAGCAAGUUUGCACUCACAUAGUUCAGGCAAUUCGCAAAGAAUCCCUCCGUCUUCGGGAAGAGUGGGAGACGCUAUUAUGUUCCCCAACACCAGCGAACAGCGUCCUCAGCGAGGGCAGUGACUUGCCGAAAACAGCGGAUUCGUAUUGCUUCGAGAUGCUGUCGAUGGUGUUGGCCUUGAGUGGUAGCUCAGUGGGGAGGAAUUACCUGUCUCAUCAGUACGGGUUGCUGAAGGACUUGCUGAGUUUGCUGCACACCGGCUCGGCCAGGGUGCAGCGCCAGGUGACCUCGUUGCUGAGGAGGAUCCUGCCGGAAAUCAAGCCAGAGACUCUGGCCAGCGUGAUGAACGUCGAGAGGCUGCCGCCCUCCGACUUCAGCAUCAUCUCGGCAGCCAGCAACAACUACACCCAUCCCCAGGAAUUCAACGAACGAUUUGCCGGCAUUCUGGACGUCUUCUUGAGCUGCAUCGCAAAGGCCUUGACGGUUCAGGUCAAGGUAAAGGGAAAAGAGAAUAACGGAAAGGCUCUUCAGUCCGUGACCCUGGCGUCCAGCAUCGACUCCAAAACCAUCGCGGAGAGCAGGUGGUACCUCAGGGGCUGCAUGCCUCGGAAACUGGCAGAAGUGAUCAUACAGCUUCUAAAACACAUGGCCGCUGGCAAGUUGUCCGAGUCCUGGGCAGCGGUGACGAAGGCCGCUAUCGCCGAGAACAUCGUCAACCUGACCAGACUGGAGGACAGAAGCCGCGACCCUACGGAGUGCCUCCACACUCCUACAUUAUGGCUAGCCUUGGCUUCCCUCUGUGUUCUGGAUUCCGACCACGUAGAGAGACUCUCAUCGGGCCAGUGGAACGCUGCCAAUGGCCAACCUCCUCCGCCUAGGCAAAUCUGCAGCAACCACGACGACGGGGAGACCACCGCGAUCAUCCAGUGCAACACCUGUGGGAAUCUCUGUGCCGACUGCGAUCGCGUGUUGCACCUGCACAGGAGAACUCGGUUACACGUGCGCCAGGUCUGCAAGGAAGAGGAGGAAGCGAUAAGGGUGGAUCUGCACGAGGGGUGCGGCAGAACGAAGCUCUUCUGGGUCCUGGCCUUGGCCGAUAGUCGGACCUUGAAGGCGUUGGUGGAAUUUCGAGACGGUUCUCCACGGAAACCUGUCGGCACGACCUCGGGGGUCUGCAGGUUCUGCGGUACCACCGGGAACACCGGUCUCCUGGCCAUCGGGAAUGUUUGCGCCGACCACGACUGCCAGGAACACGCGAGGAACGCUUGCAGCAAGGUGCACACCUGUGGCCACCUCUGUGGGGGCGUCAGGAACGAGAGACCUUGUCUACCGUGUCUUCAUAGGUGCAUUUCCAGCGAGGACCUCAAACAGGACGCGGAUGAUAUGUGCAUGAUCUGCUUCACCGAGGCCUUGUCCUGCGCUCCGGCUAUCCAGCUGCAGUGUGGACACGUGUUCCACCUGCACUGCUGCAGGAGCGUGCUCCUGAAGAGGUGGACAGGACCCAGGAUCACCUUCGGCUUCUCGUUCUGUCCCAUCUGCAAGGUGCCCAUGGACCAUCCUACCCUGACGGAACAGCUGGCUAGCAUCAAGGAGCUAUACGAGGACGUCAGGAGAAAGGCUCUCAUGAGGCUGGAGUACGAAGGCCUACACAAAGCCGAAGCCGUGACCGCUCCCGGCGGGCGUUACUAUCAAGAUCCGGCCGCAUACGCAAUGGACCGGUACGCUUAUUACGUCUGCUACAAGUGCCAGAAGGCCUACUAUGGCGGAGAGGCGAGAUGCGACGCGCAACUAGGAGGCGAAUCCUUCGACCCGACCGAGCUGGUCUGCGGUGGGUGCAGCGACGUGGCAAGAGCUCAGAUGUGCCCCAAGCAUGGAGCGGACUUCCUCGAGUACAAGUGUCGGUACUGCUGCUCGGUGGCGGUCUUCUUCUGCUUCGGGACCACGCACUUCUGCAACCCCUGCCACGACGAUUUCCAGCGAGUCACCAACAUCGUGAAGAGCGAUCUUCCGGCUUGCCCUGCAGGGCCGAAAGCACAGCAACUGGAGGGAGACGAGUGCCCCCUGCACGUGAAGCAUCCACCAACGGGCGAAGAGUUCGCCCUGGGUUGCGGCAUUUGUCGCAACGCGCACACCUUCUAAAUCUGCAUGCAAGAGUCACCAGGAGAUGAGUCCUCGACCAAGUCCAGCCACGCUAAGACUUCUAAUGAAUUUCCGUGGCUUUCGACUCUCCUGAAGUGAACCAAGUCGCCCAGGAAGCGACCGGACUCGCGAAGGUCGGAUGUUCGAAUGGACCCGACCUCUUCGGGGUCGUCAAGUUCUCCGCAGGCCAGAAGUGUCGGAACUGUUCUCCCACGCUUCUCGGCUAGUCGGGGUGGCGUAACUUUAGGAAUCUACCCAUUAAGUCGUAAAUGUAUGUCCUUUUUAUCGAUAAAUCGCCGGAGACCCGUGGGGCACUUUCCGACCCUCCCGGGGACCAUCGCCCGUCGCGAUGAAUGUUGUUCGACGCGGAACGAUGGGAUUAUUUAUUGAAUCGCGAGUGAGGUAGUUAAAUAUACGGAUAUGCGACCGCCUGCGGUCGGCGAACUUUUCGCGGUUCCUUCCGGCCGCGGCGAAAGGACGCCAUUGUUCUUCGAGCCUCUUCGAAUCUCUUCGAGGUGGUCGGCGUAAGCCUGUGAAUUCCGUGCAUUUUCGUACGUUUGCAUUUUGUUCUUGUCUCUUUACACUUUUGCAGGACCGUCGCGCCGUGUCUAUCGCCAUCGGCUUCGAAAGAAAUUAACAGUCGAGGCAUCAAAGAUGGUGACCUGGGAUCCUCGAUCCGAUGAUGUAACAAUGGUGGUGCCCGGAGAACCGCGUUCUCCGGACGCUGCUAGUUGCGACCAUUUAGGACGUAUAUAGAUUAUAUAUAAAUAAAUAUAUAUAUAUAGAUAUUCUGUAUGAUAAUGAAAAAUGAAUUCCUCGCUUGUGAGGCUUCGUGUUCCCAGGUCUUUUUCUGGUAAAUUAAACAAGAAU